UACCUAAUCCCCACCCCAACAAGGUUGGGUUACCACGAACACAUUUCAGCUCCUGAGCUCUGUUGCUACUUGCUGGUCUCAUUCCAUUCUCUCUGCAACUUGGAAAAGCAAACCAUGGCAGCGUCUACUCUCCUCCUCUCCCUUCUCCUUCUCGUAUCAGUCUCCCUUUCGUCAUCCCAUAACAUCACAGCCAUUCUCUCGGGCUUCCCAGAGUAUAGCCUCUUCAACAGCUACCUCACUCAAACGAAGCUCUCCGAUGAAAUCAACAGUCGCCAAACCAUAACCUGCCUCGUGCUACCCAAUGCCGCCAUGUCCUCCCUAGCAGGCAAUCACCCACUGUCAGUCAUCAAGAACGCCCUCAGCCUUCUUGUCCUCCUCGAUUACUACGACACCUCGAAGCUCCAUGACAUCUCCAAGGGUACCACUCUCACCACUACUCUCUACCAGACCACCGGCAAUGCCGCUGGUAACCUCGGCUUCGUCAACAUCACAGACCUCAAAGGCGGCAAGGUUGGUUUCGGUUCUGCUGCUCCUGGAUCCAAGCUCGAUUCCAGCUACACCAAGAGCGUCAAACAGAUCCCUUACAACAUCUCCGUCCUCGAGAUCAGUGCCCCGAUCAUCGCUCCAGGGAUCUUGACUGCUCCUGCUCCCUCUGCUUCCGCCGUCAACAUCACGGGGCUACUCGAGAAGCACGGCUGCAAGACCUUUGCUUCGCUCAUCCAAAGCUCUGGGGUGCUCAAGGUUUACCAGUCAGCCAUGGCUAAGGGUUUAACGUUGUUUGCGCCAUCGGACGAAGCGUUUAAAGCCCCCGGCGCACCGGAUCUCAGUAAACUAACGAACGCCGAGGUGGUUACAUUACUGCAGUACCAUGCAUUGGCUGGGUACACACCCAUCGGGACUUUGAAGACCACCAAGACUCCCAUUAGCACUCUCGCAACAAACGGCGCUGGCAAAUACGACCUCAAGGUGAAAACCGCCGGAGACUCUGUCACCUUGGACACCGGUGUCGAUUCCUCGAGGAUUGCAGACACGGUGAUAGACGACACACCAGUGUGCAUUUUCACCGUCGACAACAUUCUUCUUCCGAGCGAGAUAUUCGGGAAAUCGCCUUCGCCAGCACCAGCUCUGGAGCCUGCUUCCUCUCCAUCUCCUACUCCUGCAGUUUCUCCAACCCCAUCUCCAGUAGCCGUCGAAGCUCCAGGUCCGUCAAUUAUGUCACCACCCGCACCGGCUAUUUCUUCACCGGAAGGUUCCCCGGCAGAAGCACCAGGGGCUGAGGCGGAGAACAGUACAGCAGGAUCUGGAGCUGUGGAUUUGAGAGCACCUGCAUUUUGGAAAACACUAGUUACGGUAUCUGCGGCUUUCGUUGGUUGGGCAUUCUUGUGAGAAACCAUAUUUUUUCGCGGUGUUUUCUUAAUGUUUUGGGUCUAUUUUUGUGUUUUUAUCUCCCCAGAUUCACUGUGAUUCGAGACUUAUAGAAUAGAUAGUGGGAUUUAUUCAGGUAGUCAGGAAAACCGCCAUUGAUGUUCGUCAAGCAGAAAUGGUGGUUCACUGGUUCAGUGACACAGAUACCGAGACGGAAGACGUAUGUUUGGAUACAGUUGGACUGUUAUGUAAUAUUGUCGUGUUUGGCUUUUGAGAGUAGUGUGGCCCGUGUGGGUUCUAUUUA